AUGAGCCUCUUACUGCCAUUUGACUCCAUCUGCAUUUUCCUCUGUGCCCAAGUGCUGCUCACAUGGGGUCUACAAGAACUUCAUGCCAACCAGGAGACAAUUGUCAAGAUUUCUGCUGCUGGCCGACUGAUGCAGUGCUCUGCUUCAGUAGAUAUCCUCCUGCUGUUAGAUGGGUCAUACAGCAUUGGCAAAGGAAGCUUUGAGAGGUCUAAGCACUUUGCAGGCAAACUCUGUGAUGCCUUGAACAUCAAUCCGGAUAGGGUCAGAGUGGGAGUGAUACAGUUUAGCUCAACUCCCCAGCUAGAAUUCCCCUUGGAUUUGUAUUUAACCAAGCAGGAAGUAAAGGAGCAAAUCAAGAAGAUUGUGUUCAAAGGCGGGAGCACAGAAACGGGGCUCGCGCUGAAAUACAUUCUCCUGAAAGGUUUCCCUGGUGGCAGAAAUUCCUCUGUCCCUGAAAUCCUGAUCGUCCUCUCGGACGGGAAAUCACAAGGCAAUGUAGCAAUACCCGCUAAGCAGCUGAAGGACAGGGGCACUACAGUAUUUGCUGUGGGAGUCAAGUUUCCAAGGUGGGAGGAGCUGCACACACUGGCCAGUGAACCAACUGAGCAGCAUGUGCUGUUUGCUGAACAUGUGGAUGAUGCUGCCAAUGGCCUGUAUAGCACCCUCACCAGCUCUACUGUCUGUAGUGCUGUCUCUCCAGGUUGCAAGACUGAAUCUCACCCUUGCGAACGCAAGACACUGGAGACCGUGAAAGAGCUGGCUGGGAACUAUAUGUGUUGGAAAGGGUCAAAGAGACCCAAUGCAGUGCAUACAUCUCUCUGCCCGUUUUACAGUUGGAAAAGAGUCUUGAUAAAACACCCGGCCAGAUGCUACCGAACUACAUGCCCAGAUCCCUGCGAUUCCCAGCCUUGUCACAAUGGAGGCACGUGCGUUCCAGAGGGAUUAGAAAGGUACCACUGUGUGUGUCCUGUUGGAUUUGGAGGAGAUGCCAGCUGCGCACCGAAGCUGAGUCUGGAGUGCAGCGUGGAUCUUCUUUUCCUGGUGGACAGCUCAUCUGGUACCACCUUGGAGGGAUUCCUGCGCUACAAGGCCUUCCUGAAAAGGUUCAUUCGGGCAGUGUUGAGCAAAGACUCCCCAGCAAACGUCGGAGUGGCCCAGUACAGCAAUGAUGUCCAGAUCCCCAUCAAAGUGGGCGAGUACAAGGACGUGCUCAGUCUCAUGAAGAGCGUUGACACCAUGCAUUUCAGCGGAGGGGGAACCUUCACCGGCAAAGCCCUUCGGUAUGUCACGCAGCAUGGCUUUAAGAGUGCUCCGGCCUUCGCAGACGUUCACGACAAUCUCCCGCGUGUGGUUGUCUUGCUCACGGAUUCGGAGUCCCAGGAUCCUGUGGUAGAAGCAGCUAAAUAUACCAGAGGCAGAGGGCUCUUCCUAAUUGGCGUGGGCAGCGACUUCUUAAGAGCAGAGCUGGACGACGUGACUGGGAAUCCAAAGCGGACGGUUGUCUAUUCCAACCCCCAGGAUCUGUUCAACAAGAUCCCUGAGCUGCAGAAAAAAAUCUGCAGUGUAGACAGUCCUCAAGGCUGCCAGUCCCAGUCUCUGGAUCUGGUUUUCGCCUUGGAUGCCUCAGCUGGAGUUGGCCGGGAGAACUUUCUGUGGCUGAGGCACUUUGUCAGUAGCAGCUCUCUGCAGUUCAAUAUCAAUCGGGACGUCACCCAGAUAGGCCUUGUGGUCUACGGCAGCCGGGCUCGCACUGCGUUCGCCCUGGACGCGCAUGUCACCAGCUCAGCUCUCCUGCAGGCCAUCAGCCAGGUGCCUUUCCUUGGUGGCUCGGCCUCCACGGGCAGAGCCUUGCUGCACAUUCAUGAUGACGUCAUGACUGUUUCAAAAGGGGCGAGGCCUGGGGUGAGCAAGGCCGUGGUGGUGAUCACAGAUGGGAGCGGCAUCGAGGAUGCAGUUGUUCCAGCUCAGCAGCUGCGGAGCAACGGCGUGUCGGUGUUUCUUGUCGGGAUUGGGGGUGUACGGAGGGACACGCUGCUGAGGAUUGCCGGUUCUCCCAACUACCUGAUACACGUUUCAUCUUAUGAUGAUCUGCGCAAUUACAAAGACUUUAUCAUUGAAAGAAUAUGUGAAGAGGCUAAACGCCCGGUGAACCUGUGCAAACCUAACCCGUGCCUGAAUGAGGGCGUGUGUGUUCUCAGGAAUGGAAGCUACCGGUGUGAAUGCCGAGGCUGGGAAGGACCGCACUGUGAAAGCAGAAUUUUAAGGGGUGAUUCUUCAAGAUCACCGGUCCCUCCCACAAACUUUCACAUCCAACGAAAUCCGAGUGGUUUGCAGCAGUUUAACAGAGCUCUCUGA